CAGACACAGGACAGAGACACAGAGGACGGAGACAGAGAGGACAGAGACACAGGAGACGGAGACGGAGACGGAGAGAACAGCAUGUGGUGUAGGGGUGUCCUGAGGACAGUGAGACGCUCCAGCUCUCAGGCGGGCAUCCUCUUGGACGUGGACGGCGUCCUUCUCCGUGGGGGGGACGUCCUCCCAGCAGCUCGUCGCGCCUUCAGGAAACUUCUGGACCCAAACGACAACUUCCUGUUUCCUGUGGUGUUCGUCACCAAUGCAGGAAGUUGUCAGAGACGGGACAAAGCGCAGCAGCUGUCUCGGCUGCUGGACGUCCAGAUCGUCCCGGAGCAGGUGGUUCUUUCCCACAGUCCUUUGCAGGCGAUGAAGACGUUCCACGAUAAAUGUGUCCUGGUGUCGGGACAAGGACCCGUGACCCACAUCGCCAGAGAUCUGGGUUUCCAGAACGUUGUGACCAUGGAGCAGCUCUCAGAACAUCACCCCCUGCUGGACAUGGUGGAGCACAACAGGAAGCGGUCACCUUCAUCUUCUUUGCAGAGUCUCCCCCAAAUACAAGCAAUCAUCCUGUUUGGGGAGCCUGUGCGAUGGGAGACCAGCCUACAGCUGUUGAUUGACGUGCUCUUGACCAAUGGGAGACCUGGUUGCAUGUACGAUUCCCACUUGUCCACCCAGCUGCCGGUCCUUGCUUGUAACAUGGACCUGGUUUGGAUGGCCGAGGCUCCGUCACCACGGUUUGGCCAUGGGAUGUUCCUGCUGUGUCUGGAGGCGGCGUUCAGGAAGCUGACGGGUCGGGAGCUGCGGUACGAAGCCAUGUUGGGGAAACCCAGCCUGAUGACAUACCAGUACGCAGAGCAGCUGCUGCAGAGGCAGAACCAUGACCACAAGAUCAGCACCGUCUAUGCUGUCGGGGACAACCUAAUGACCGACAUCUACGGCGCAAACCGAUACAACCAGUAUCUGGCUCAGCAGCACGCCGCCAUGACGCCUCCAGCCAAGAUGGCUGCACAGGGACCAGGAAGUCAUGUGAUGGUGGCAGAGGAGACACCGUCUGCUGCUCAGUGUCGAUCUAUUCUGGUGUGCACAGGGGUCUAUAAUCCUGACUCCCCGAUGCCUAGCGACCAGAACGCCCUCACUGAGACCCUGGUCAUGGAGCCGGACCUGCUGCAGCCAAGCCACGUGGUGGAGGACGUGGAGGCCGCUGUGGACCUGAUGCUGCAGCGGGAGAGCGUCGUGACCUCUGACCUACACGACUCCACCUGAGCCGACAUGUGAUUGUUUUUAAAGCCUCAGAAAUAAAAACAUGCAUCAAAUGUU